CCGUCCCUCUACAAAUCCAAAGCAUCGUCUUCUUUCUCCGUUUUAGCGAAACUGAAAAUUUUCACGGAAGGUCUUCAAAAAUGGCGGAAAGGACCAAGAAUAUAAAUAUUUGGCACUUGUUCAUGCUGCUUAAUUUUAAUCUCCUGUUUCCCUUUUCAUCUGGUGAAUCAAACGAUGUCUGUAUUUCGAAAGGUGGUCGUUUCGCACCCUUCUCAUUGGAAGGAAAACCUCCUAGCAAGGUUAGCAAAGUACAAGAUUUGACACUUUGCCGAGUUUUCCGAAAGAGGACUUGCUGUGGUGUAGCACAAACACACCCGGCUUUGCUUUCUGUUAGGAGGCUAGCUUCAACAGGGGAAGCCAACCAUGAAUGCUUGCAAUUAUGGGAACUUCUGGAGUGCUCAAUAUGUGAUCCACAAGUUGGUGUUCAACCCGGACCUCCUCUAAUAUGUGCCUCUUUCUGCGACAGAGUCUUCAAAGCUUGUUCUGAUGCUUACUUUUCUGUUGAUGCUAAAACGCAGGUUCUAGCACCCUGCGGAGUGAAUGACUUUGUGUGUGGCAGGGCUUCCGAGUGGGUCUCAAAUGGUACAGACCUUUGCAACGCUGCAGGUUUUACAAUUAAGAUCUCUGAUGAAGAAUCCUCUUGCUAUGGUAGUAAAGCCAGACUAGACUCCAUUGCUAAUUCAUGGAAGACUUCACCAUCAGUAAUGUCAUCCCAAAGAACAGGUUACUUGGGCAUCUUGGAGGAUUUCCAGCAAUGGGUAAAAGAAAUGAGUUUUCAUGAACAGGUUUCGUGGCUGAUCGGGUCCAUGGUGCUUUCAGCAGGGCUUCUGUUUGCAAGCAAAAGGCAAAGCCAUAGCCAGCGCCAGAAAUAUGCUGCCAUUCAACGAGCAACGAAGAAAAUUGAAGUGACCAUGAAUCAAAAUUCUCUUGCUACCCAAGGAAUCAGGAAAGGAAGUAGAAGAUGACCUGAUACCUUACAUCUAAAGACAUUUUGUUUGGCCUAUUUCUGAGUUCACUUUUGCAGAAAAAUUGACUCUGUUCUCCAACAGUUCUGAUGCUUGAAAAGUGGCACCCAUGGUUGUUCUUCCAUUUCAAUGAAAUAUAGAAGACUAAAAAAAAUGAGUUAUGAUGUAGCUGUACAAUUGUAGGAAGUACUGGACAUUGUGAUAAUUACUAUUGAAUUGUGUAUUUAAGAUAAAUCUCUUGUCAAAAUCAGCCAUAUUCAGUUUUAUCCUUUUGUAGAGAGGGAUUUUGCUCAUAGAUUAAUUUUUGGUGAGAAUAACAGUUUGUUGAUGUGUACUGAACUGAUGAAGCAGCUUUCAUUAACUUGAUAAUUUUUUUAACUUUUA